ACCGGGUAACAGCGGCAGCGGCAGCAGCAGCGGGGGCGCUCGGGGGCGCGUUCAGGGGAGUUCCCCCCGCGGGGGCGCGCAGAUGGCGACGCAGGUGGAGGCGCUGCUGCCCGGCGCCCCGCUGCUGCCCGCCGAGGAGCGCGCCCUGGUGCUGAAGCCGCCGCAGGACGGCGGCCGGGAGAAGGGCGAGCAGCAGCAGCAGCAGCCCCAGCAGCAGCAGCCCAUGGGCCCCGACGGCGGCCCCGCGGCUCCGCGGCCGCCCAGCGCCAAGCAGCAGAAGGAGGAGAGCAACAACCAGGAGAAGGAGAGCCUGCUGCGGGGCGCCGAGCCCGAGGAGGGCGGCGAGGCCGGCGGCGGAGGCGGCGUGGGCGUUGCGGGGGGGCGCCGGGAGUUCAUCGAGGCCCCCCCGCCCAAGGUGAACCCCUGGACGAAGAACGCCGCCGCGCUGGCGGUCAACGGGCAGUCGCCUCCAGAUAUAUUUCCAGCUGACGGCCAGUCUGAGCACACGACUCCUGCGAAAGUGGUGAGGGCUGCCAACCCCAGGCAGCGGAAGGGAAGCAAGGUUGGUGACUUUGGUGAUGCUACGAAUUGGCCUACACCUGGAGAAAUAGCCCACAAGAGCGUCCAGCAGCCACACAAAGCUCCUUCCCUCCGGAAACUGCCUGUCAAGAAAGACAUGAAAGAACAGGAGAAAGGAGAUGGGAGCGAUGGCAAAGAGAGCCUGAAAACCAAAUCGGAUGAGUCUGGGGAGGAGAAGAAUGGUGACGAUGACAACCAGAAGUCAGCCCAGAAGAAGAAAGGCAACAAACACAAGUGGGUCCCUUUGCAGAUAGACAUGAAGUCAGAGGUGCCUCGGGACAAAACGGCCUCGCGGAACAACCGGCAGAACGAGCAGCACAGGCACCCUUCCAACAACCGCGGCGAGCUGAAAGGCUGGCACCCGGACAACAAGCACGAGCGCAGCUGGCAGGACCACGACGAGACCUCCAGCGUGAAGAGCGAGGGGGGAGCCGUGCGAGGAGCCUUCCGCGGCCGAGGCAGGGGCCGUGGCAGGGGCCGGGGCCGCGGCAGAGGAGCGCACUUUGACUACCAGUAUGGGUACCGGAAAUUUGAGGGCUCGGACGGCUCCCGCACCCAGAAGUACGCUAGCAACAUCACUUACUACUUCGACAACAUCAGCAGCACCGAGCUCUACAGCGUGGACCAGGAACUGCUCAAGGACUACAUCAAGCGCCAAAUAGAAUAUUACUUCAGCGUGGACAACCUGGAGCGAGACUUCUUCCUGCGUCGCAAGAUGGACUCGGACGGCUUCCUGCCCAUCACCCUGAUUGCCAGCUUCCACCGGGUGCAGGCGCUGACCACUGACAUCAGCCUCAUCAUCAAGGCCCUGAAGGACAGCAAGGUGGUGGAAAUCGUGGACCAGAAGAUCAGAAGAAAAGAGCAGCCAGAAAAAUGGGCUCUGCCUGGCCCUCCCAUGGCAGACUACACACAGACGGACUUCUCGCAGUUCAUCAACUGCCCUGAAUUUGUGCCCCGGCAAAGCUUCCAGAAGGAGACAGAGUCCGCUCCUGGCUCCCCGCGUCCUGCCAGCCCGGUGCCCACCAAGACGGAGGAGGUCAGUAACCUGAAGACGAUGCCCAAGGGCCUGUCCGCCAGCCUGCCGGACCUGGAUUCAGAGACGUGGAUCGAAGUGAAGAAGAGGCCUCGGCCCUCUCCUGCCAGGCCCAAGAAACCAGAGGAGUCAAAGACCCCGCAGCAGCAGAAGCAAAAGGACCAAGACGAACCCGAGGAGUUGGAUUUCCUCUUCGACGAGGAGAUGGAGCAGAUGGACGGCCGCAAGAACACGUUCACCGACUGGUCAGACGAGGAUUCGGAUUAUGAAAUCGAUGAUCGGGAUGUGAACAAGAUCCUCAUCGUGACGCAGACGCCUCCUUACCUGCGCCGGCAUCCUGGCGGGGACCGGACUGGCAACCAUACAUCCAGGGCUAAAAUGAGCUCAGAGCUGGCCAAGGUGAUCAACGACGGGCUGUACUACUACGAGCAAGACCUGUGGACGGAGCAGUUUGAGCCGGAGUACUCGCAGAUCAAGCAAGAGGUGGAGAACUUCAAGAAGGUGAACAUGAUCAGCAGGGAGCAGUUCGAUACCCUGACCCCAGAGCCCCCUGUGGAUCCAAACCAGGAGGUCCCUCCUGGCCCCCCCAGGUUCCAGCAAGUACCCACAGACGCGUUGGCUAACAAGCUGUUUGGAGUCCCCGAACCUUCCACCAUCGCCCGGUCUUUGCCUACAACCGUACCAGAAUCACCCAACUAUCGCAACGCCAGGACCCCCCGGACCCCUCGCACGCCGCAGCUGAAGGACCCGACCCAGACCCCCCGGUUCUACCCGGUGGUGAAGGAGGGCAGGACAAUAGAUGCCAAGACCCCACGGAAGAGGAAGACGAGGCACAGUUCAAACCCCCCGAUGGAGUGCCACGUGGGCUGGGUGAUGGACUCGCGGGAGCACAGGCCCCGAACCGCCUCUAUCAGCUCCAGCCCCUCAGAGGGGACCCCAGCUGUCGGAAGCUACGGCUGCACCCCGCAGUCCCUGCCCAAGUUCCAACACCCUUCCCACGAGCUGCUCAAGGAGAACGGCUUCACGCAACAUGUCUACCACAAGUACCGUCGGCGCUGCCUUAACGAGCGGAAACGACUGGGCAUCGGUCAGUCCCAGGAGAUGAACACGCUCUUCCGGUUCUGGUCCUUCUUCCUACGAGAUCACUUCAACAAGAAAAUGUACGAGGAAUUCAAGCAACUGGCUGUGGAGGAUGGAAAGGAGGGAUACAGGUACGGUCUGGAGUGCCUUUUCAGAUACUACAGCUAUGGGCUGGAGAAGAAAUUCCGGCCAGACAUAUUUAAGGACUUUCAAGAAGAGACCAUCAAGGAUUACGAAGCUGGUCAGCUCUACGGGCUGGAAAAGUUCUGGGCCUUCCUAAAAUAUUCCAAAGCCAAAAACCUGGACAUCAACAGCAAACUGCAAGAAUACCUCAGCAAGUUCAAGCGCCUCGAGGACUUCCGAGUGGACCCACCCAUGGGAGAGGAAGGUGGACACAAGAGAUACCCGGCGACAUCGGGGGGAGACGGCAGGAAGCGCUACCCGUCCCAGUCUUCCAGCAAAACGGUCAGCCAGUGCCCAGCCAGCCAAGCCCACGCCUCGCCCAGCCAGCCUGCACAAGAGGAUGCCAAAAACCUGAGCCAGCAAGUCCCUGCCCCUGCAGCCGCAGAAUUGCAGACAGUGGGGAAGUAGAGGGGCUGCAGCUUCUGCUUCCCGCCGGGAGACGGGGUGGGUUGGUGGGGGGCUGGCUCGGAGAAGGGGAGACCCGAGGGGUGGGACAGGAAGGGAGCUGGAAUGUGGGUGCCCAGGAAUAGGCUGCUGGGGAGAAACUUCAACGCACACGAUUUUUUCUCUUGUGGCUGGAAAGCAAAGACGAUCCGCAUCUAAAACACCGUUUUGCUAUUACAAACCUGACCAGAGCCAGACCUACCCCCACCAGCCCCACCCUCUGCUUUUCUUUACCGCCCCCUUCCCUCUUGUGCACACACUCAUGUCUUAGUGUCUCUUUAAAAAAAAAAAAAAAUGUUCUGGCUGGGUUGGAAAGGGGAGAUUUUUUUAUUAUUAUAUAUAUAUAUCAAGUUUUAAAUUAUUGCUAGAAGUUCGUCCAGAUUUACCAAAACAAGUCUGCUCUCUGCGGCCCCGACGACUCCCCCCUGUGUCCCCCCCCUCGGACCGCUGGCAGCCCGAUCAGGAAGCUGGGAGGAGCGAGGUUCCCCGCCGGGGACCGAAGCCGCAGCGUGUCGCGGCGCUGCGCAGCCUCUGAUCCCCGUGCCCCGGCUGGCGGCUCCCAUUCCACGCACGGCGCUGCCUCGCCGACGCCGACCGCCGCAAAAGGAACGCAGCCCUCUUCGUCCUCCCGGCCCCUCCUCCUCCCCGGCGUCUUCGCCUCCAUCCUUCCCGGGGGUCUGGCUCUCCCUCCGCCCGCCUCUCCCUUCCAUCACGGACGUUUUGAAUCAACCAAAGGACCUUUGCCAAGGAUGGGUUUGUUCUGACUCCUUCCUGCGAGGACGGCUUGGGGGGGGACCGGCAGGCGCCUGGUGGACUCGAGCCUGCGUGGACAGUGCACCCGCCUCCCCAGGGCUGCUCGUCGCACGCAAAGACAGGACUUUGCCGAAGGAGGCUUUCUGUUCCUUUUCCCUUGGAAAAAUGAAACAACCAAGAAAAAAAAAAAACAAAACACAAAACCCCCUAAAACAAAACAAACUUUGAAAAGACACAUCUCCCUUUGCUUUCUUCCUUGGAAAUAUUAAUUGAAGAAAAAAACGAAAAAACACAAAAAAAAUACAAAAAAGAAAAAAGAAAACAACAACAACAAAAAAAAAAACAGAACAAAAAAAAAGUUGCCUUACGGUGGAGCUGGAACAGGGAGGCUCGCUGGCUUCCUGCGCCCCGGGGUGCGCCGGGCGCUCUGCCCGCCCCCCCAGAGACUCCUCACGGCCCCGCUGCCGGGCCGAGCUUCCCCGCGGCCUCUCCUCCGCCCCGCGCUCGCUCGGACCUCGCUCAGAUGCACCCUGCUGUGGAGAACCCCCACCGGCCCUGCUCCUGCAGGGGAAGGUGCUGAGGGCUGUCAAAUCCAAGACUUGUGCUCGGGACGUAGUUGAAGCCGCUCCGUUGUGUAUAUACCGUUGUAGCAUCCUCCCCGCGAUGGUGACUGUGUUCGGGGCCUCGCUCAGCCUCCUGCGGGCAGCCUCGGGGGGCGAGCAGGGACGUCCAGCGGGCACCCGAGGGACUCCUUGCCGUGUCUGUAGCCCGAUGAACGGUGCGGCUCCCGUGGCUGGGGCGCUGCUGGUGGCACUCGCUCGGGGUCCCAGCGGGGACCUCCUGCCUGGGGUUCAUGGCGCAUCUCAUCUCAGCGGGAGGCUGCGCUGAGCCCUCCGAGGGCUGUGACAACGCCCUGCUGCUGCCCCUUGCUCGGCUGAGGCGAGGGGGUGCCCGCAGAGCUGCUGCGCCGUGUCCUGGGCUCCUCCGUGCGGCACCAGGUGGGCUUCGGCCGGCAAAUCCCUCCUGAGCUGCGCUCCCCCGAAAGCGCGUGGCUGGGGGCAAGUGCCAGGGUGAAAUCUGCACCCAGGGUCCAGAAGCAGCGCUGGGAGGCCGUGUCCCUGCUGCGAGGGUGGAAGCUCCUCUUCAGCGAGCUGUGCUGGCCUCGCUGCUGCUGCUGUGCUGUCUCCUGGGUCGGGAUGCGUGCUGUGCAGUGUUGGCUCGGUCGUGGCUCCGGCGUGCUGUCCUCACAUACCACGAGCGUGCUCCUGCGCAUGGUGGCUACAGGAAGAUGCAGCUCAUCGCGUUGAGCAGAGUCAUCGCAAGAGCAGCCGGGAGCUGGGAGCAGAAAUCGGGGUGUUGAGCGCGGGCACGUUGGCCAGAGCGGCCAGCGGGGAGCCGGAGUUCAGGGGUGGCUGUGGAUGCUUGCUGGGCCCUGUUAGCACCUUCCCGAACUGCCUCUGCACCAAACGUGCUGCUCCGGCAGGUGGGAAGGGAGGAGCGGGGCUGGGCCGCGUGGAGCAGCUUCGUGACCUGCUGCUAGUAACUGAAAGCACAGCUUGGGUUUGAGUGAGGCUGGGUAGCUGCUACUUUGCCAUUUCCUCCUAGUGUGAUCCUGUUCUGGUCCGUCUGCCACUACCACGCCAUCCUGCAGCUCGGUACCGCUCGGAGGCCCCGUUCAGGGCAUGAAGGUGCCCAAGCCAUCGGCGUGCUCCGUAUCCGCAGCAGCGCUCCGGGGGCUCGGAGCGGUACCUAGGCCGGACUGGCAAGUAAUGUCUGUACAGCGCUGCGGCCUUGACUGUUACCUCCAAAUUUCUCUUCUCUUGUGAGCCAGAGUCAGAUCUCUAACGUUACGGACGUGGCAGGGUUCGACCCUGAUUUGGGAAGGAGGCGCCUCGGAGGCUGAACCCGGGGGUUGGCCGAGGACGUUGGAGAUGUUUUGCUGGUCGUUUGCAAGUGGAAGCGGGUUCGAAUGUGCCACAGGUGGUCCUUGCUGCUGUGUUCCCUGUAUUCUUCUCGUUGGUGCAUGUUCUCUUUGGAAGCCAGUUGUCUGCUUUUGAGCAGCAAACAAAAUAGGAAACCAGGAGAAGCGAGCUCCUGCUGCGGAGGUGGUCCUUGUGGAGCAGACUGGGGAAUUGCUGGGGUGGUAGAAAAGGCUAAGAAACGUCCCAGAGAAUUUCCCAAACCCCGAAUUGAUUUUAAAUUAUUCUUCCUUUAAUUUCUAAGGCUAAGACUUCAUAGUCUUGGCACAGAAGACCUUUUCCCCCCCUUAUAGUCAGUGGUUUGUUGCAUCAGUGUGGCUCAGGGCCCUGGGAAGCGCCUGUCGGCGCUGCCGGCCGGGUUUGUGUGCCAGCGGGCUCGGUUAGCGGCCACGUGCUGCCGUGCGCCUUGUUCUGUCCUCUGUGGGACAGCAGCGUCUGCGGGGAGCGAAGGGGAGAUGGAAAGAAGGGAAAGAAGCAGCCCCAGGCAGCUGUAGCUGGCUCCCGGGGCAGCGGGGCCUGCAGGCCGCCACCGAGCAGGGCCGCGGUGCCCACCAGGCCCAGCCCCACACAGGGCUGGCUCCGUGAGUGAGCCCCUCUGUGCCCUGAGGCACACGGACACCUCGUGGGGCUGGGACUGCUGUGGUGUGGUCAGGGCCGGGCUGUGGGGCUGCAGAGGUGUUUCGCCUCCCUCACAAAACGUGCCGGGGCCAUACAUCGGGCAGCGCACGCGGCUUGCCGCACUGCGCCCCCGGGGAAGGCGGGCGGCUGUCCGGAGAGGGGUUUGGCUUUUGAGGAAGCUUUGCCCUCCUGCUGAGGAAGGAAUUUGGCCUUGCUUUUAGCUUGGAUGCUUCGCCACAAUCGUAUUUCAUGAUUAUUAUUAUUUUUUUUUUUAAUUUUAAUGGCCUGGGUGAUCAGGCACGCUUAUCGCCGUGACUGCAAAACGCCACUCGCUGGCCUGCUGCGCAGCUCGUGGUGGCAGCACCAGGCUGGUGCCCAGCCACCGGCAUGACCAGAGGGAGCCUUGGCUGCCGGCAGAAAGUUUGGGGCAGCCGGGGGAGUGUGUCUUGUCUCCCCCCGGCUGCUGUGCGAGCCCUCUCCUCGCCAAGGUCCUGUAUAUCUGCCCCCCUUUGGGGCACAGGCACCUGGGACAGGUCCAGGCCUCUGGCGCGGGUCAGUGGUGGAGGUGGAUGGUGUGUUUCAGAGGAGGCUUUGUUGCUUAGCCACGCUCAUUUGAAAAAGGAAAAAAAAAAGAUAAUAAUAAUGCUGCUGCUCCAUUUGCUUUUGUCUGCCCCUCUCCCUGCUGUGUCCCUCGGACCCCUCCCCGUCGGCAGCCUUUCACUGCAGCCCCUGGGCUCCAUCGAGUUUUGGCAACUGCUCGUUUUGCUUCGGCCUGGUCGCCUGUACUGUACGGGAUGAGGCGUUAACCUCGGUGUCCUGCCACGUGUCUGCACGCUCAGCGUCGUGGCGUGGAGAGGGGGCCUUUUAGCUGUUAAUGCCUUUCCAGUUAUUUUAACAAAAGGAAAAAAAAAAAAAAAGAAAAAAAGAAAAAAAAAGGAAAACUGUAAAUGUAGCAAGCUGUGUUUGCAAUGCUUCUUUUCUCCUGUCUCUCCUCUGAGACUGGUUAUGUCACUUUGUCACUGUUUUGAAAUGGAUGCUAGGCUCUUCUUAAGAGAGGGUUGCUACACUUGAUGUUAAAUGCCUCACUGACUUAUUUUUUUUCCUCUAAAUGAAAAUUUUCAUCUCAGUGGCGUGGAGUGGGUGGAUGGAUGGAGGGCAGUGUUUCAAUGAGUAGUUUACAGUUUCACUUUCUGCAGACACUUGAACAUAGGACCGAUGUAUCUGUGACAAGCACAUCCCCUCGGUGGGAAGCUCCAGAAGAGCGUGGACCGGCCCGGGUGCCAGCCACCCCCUUGCAGUGCUCGGGCUAACCCCAGAGUCCCCCGUGCUGUCCCUCUGGCUCCCUCUCCUGUCCCCAUCUCCACCUCGUCAGCCCCGCACGUGGGCUGGCUGGGGACGGCGACACCCAUGCUGGGAUGGGGUUUGGCAGCCCUUGGUCCCCCCAAGCUUCGUGUGCCUGCAGGGACAGCAGCCAGCCCCGCGCCCCCCUUCCUCUCCCAGCCUGGCCCGUUCCCGUUGGGGUUGGAAAUCCUCAGAUCUGUGACUCGGAAGCAAGCGCUGGUGCCGGUGUGCUCCGAGCUGCUCGGGUGGUGUGGGUUAGAGCUCGGCCUUCGGUAGCUCGCCUGGAGCAACAGGGGUGAUGGUUCAAUGUGCUGGCCCUUCUCAAACUGUGUGUGUCCCAACCUCAGCCUUCUGUUCCCAAAACUAGAAAGUGUGUGCAACCUUCUUCAGCUGCAUUUAUCGUAGAGACAAACUUAAAAUGACUCAUCACAGACCAUUUAUCACUUGGGAGGAAAAUCUUGUUAAUAUGGCCCGCUGUACAUGAUCCAUCUUCUGUCGAUAGUACAUAAUCUUUGACCCAUGUGCUAGGAUCAUCAUCACAUAUAAAAGGAAAAGAGACAAAUGUAAAAUACUUGAAUGAGAGCUUGUAUUAUAACAUUAAUAUUAUUCAGAGUAUCUGCUUUCUAGGCUGAUGUGAUUCAUUAUUCUAGUAAUGCUUUAGUCCUUUGUAAUUUGUGGUAAUUAUGCUUUUUCCUUUUUAAUACAAAAAAAAAUGUAUAAAAAUAAAAACUUCAAAAGACA